CCUUCCUCCACAAAGUAUCCCGCCCUCUCAGCGCCUGGGAGUUUGGGACAUGAGGACUCAAAACACAGGCCUUCUCUUUCACGCUUUGUGAUUGCAGACUUCUGUUAAGGCUAAGUUGACUGUGAAAAGGCAGACCUGACCUUUUUGCCACCACUGAUUUCCCCUGAGACAGUCUCUGUGCUUGGAGAUGUAACUGGGUUCCAAUUAGACUUCUGCUGAAGGUAGAUGAGAAGUCACCCCUCAGCCCUGGAGAAAGAUCACAGCAAAUGUCUUGUCAGGAGAGAGAUCUGGAGAAGUGCCCCCCUUACAGUUUGUUGUUUUUCCUCCUAGUCUGCAGUAGAACACACACACUGGCAGGGGGUGCAGGAGGAAUUUUGAAAGAAAGAAAAGUAAGAGGGGCAAGGGAAGGAAAGAAGGAAAAAAGCAGAAAGAGGAAGGGAGAGAAGAGAGGAAAAGAAAGGAUGCAAUACCCAUGAACCACGUUUACUCUGACACCUGAUACACAUAGACCAUUACAUAAGCAUAAACCGUGUUUUGCCCCAUAAAUACAAAUGUCAUACCUUGUACGUGUGCAUACCUGUGUUUAUGUACCAGCACAUGUGUACCUGGGCAGCUGGUAUCUCAAGGACAGGCCGUCUCCGUAACUUCUAUACGCGAUACCAGAGCACGUAACAUAACACAGUCCUCCAACGUCCCACGGCAACAUUGACGCCUAUGUCGGCUCAGGAGCAGAGUGGGGUCUACUUGGUGGCGUUAAAGCACGCAUGCAACCCGUAGGUCACAACGCCGAUGCAUGCUGAGGAGCGGUCUGGUUUCUAGGUCCAGGGGCAGCGCAAGGAAAUGCCAAUGGGCUUCAGGCGGAGGCCCUGGGCGCCUCUUCCCCGAGAUCCUCUCCCCAGCCCCAGCCCCGCCCAGCACUCAGAGCGCGAGUGCUAGACCAGGCCGAGGUUUCUUCACUCAAUGACACGCAUUUCUAGGCUGAUUUUCCCAAAGCCGCCGCGCAGCUCUCUCCACCCCACCGUCGUUCAGCCCUCUCGCCGACCCGCCCCUCCCCCCAGCCCUGAGCUGGAAGUUUAGCCCCAAGACAGCCGCAGAGCGCAGAGCAAAGGACUCGUUUUCUUUCACCUGAAAGCUGCGAGGAGGCGGGCGCGCCUUUCCUCGCUAGGGCCCGGGCUCCCCGUGCACCGUCCCAGUGCGGACGGACCCCGCCGGGACCCUUGGCAUCCGCCUGCCCAGUUCGCGGAGCGAGCACCGGCAGAUUUCAAGGGCUUGUGAGAGCCUGAGGCCGGCUGUCCGCCGGGCCGCCAAAGCUCUCUGGGCUGGGGCAGGCCGGUCCGGGCUGUGCGGGGCGUUUACAAAAAGUGACUUGGAGAUGAACUCGCCCGUGCGCGACUGGCAGCCCCGCUAUAGGGGCGAAGGCGCCUGACGCAAGCGGAACUCGGCGGAGCCCAUACGAAUCAGAACAGAGCGAGGCUCCUGGCGCACUAGGGACUCCAGGAGGCAGCUCCGCCAGAGUCGCGGGUCGUGCCUCGGGAAACCGGAGGGUGGGGGGAGGGGGAAAGCGCAGAAAAGAAAACCCACCGAGGCGGGGACUGGCCUGGGCGGGGAGGGGCGGCGGGGCCAGAGCCCCUCUCGGUUGGGCGGACUUUCCAUGGCCAGAGGCUGAGCUCCACUCCCGCCGGCCGCUCCCCAGGGGAAGGGAAAGAAGAGAGGAGAGAAACGAGAGGCCGCCUGCGAGCGAGCGAGCGCAGGCGGCAUCCGCAGUCUCCUGAAGUUUGGGUCCCGGCGGUGAGCGGACUUGUGCGCCCGGACUCUGCAGCGCCAGCGCCAGGGGAAAGGAGCAGGGGCUGCCCGGCCGCGCGCGCAGGCUUUGUCAUGAUGGCCAGCUACCCCGAGCCCGAGGACGCCGCGGGGGCCCUGCUGGCCCCGGAGGGCGGCCGCGCAGCCAAGGAGCCAGAGGCGCCGCCGCCACCGAGCCCGGGCAAGGGCGGCGGCAGCGCGGGGACUGCUCCGGAGAAGCCCGACCCGGCCCAGAAGCCCCCAUACUCGUACGUGGCGCUCAUCGCCAUGGCGAUCCGCGAGAGCGCCGAGAAGAGGCUCACGCUGUCCGGCAUCUACCAGUACAUUAUCGCCAAGUUCCCUUUCUACGAGAAGAACAAGAAGGGCUGGCAGAAUAGCAUCCGCCACAACCUCAGCCUCAACGAGUGCUUCAUCAAGGUGCCGCGCGAGGGCGGCGGCGAGCGCAAGGGCAAUUACUGGACCCUGGACCCAGCCUGCGAGGACAUGUUCGAGAAGGGCAACUACAGGCGCCGCCGCCGCAUGAAGCGGCCUUUCCGGCCGCCACCCGCACAUUUCCAGCCUGGCAAGGGGCUCUUUGGGGCCGGAGGGGCCGCGGGCGGCUGCGGGGUGGCGGGCGCGGGGGCCGACGGCUACGGCUACCUGGCGCCGCCCAAGUACCUGCAGUCCGGCUUCCUCAACAACUCGUGGCCGCUGCCGCAGCCACCCUCACCCAUGCCCUACGCCUCCUGCCAGAUGGCGGCGGCCGCAGCGGCGGCGGCGGCGGCGGCUGCAGCCGCGGGCCCGGGUAGCCCAGGUGCGGCAGCAGUGGUCAAGGGGCUAGCGGGCCCGACUGCCUCGUACGGGCCGUAUUCACGCGUGCAGAGCAUGGCGCUGCCUCCCGGAGUAGUGAACUCUUACAACGGCCUGGGAGGCCCGCCGGCCGCGCCCCCGCCGCCGCCGCCGCACCCCCACUCACACCCGCACGCGCACCAUCUGCACGCGGCCGCCGCACCUCCGCCAGCACCGCCGCACCACGGGGCCGCCCCACCGCCCCCGGGUCAGCUUAGUCCUGCUAGCCCGGCAACCGCCGCACCCCCGGCGCCCGCGCCCACCAACGCACCGGGUCUGCAGUUCGCCUGCGCCCGGCAGCCCGAGCUCGCCAUGAUGCAUUGCUCUUACUGGGACCACGAAAGCAAAACCAGCGCCCUGCACUCGCGCCUGGAUCUGUGAAAGUCCAACGCACGCUGGAUGCGAGGUUGCAGGGACGCGCGACGCCGGCCUUGGCCUCAGCCACCGCCGCCAGCCGGACCGCGUGCCCAGUGCGGCCGCCUCCUGAGCCAGCGCCCACGGAACCUCUGCGCCUUUUCGCUCCCCUGGUUCCUCUCUCUCCUCUUUGUCUUCUCCGCUUCUCCCUCUGUGCUUGCCUCCCUGCCCUCUCUGCCCUUACGCUCCUCGGGCCUGCAGGCCACCUCUCCACGCGCUUUUUGCAGGCCUAGUCUCCUCCCGGCGUCCCAGCGUUCUGGCUGGACACCCAAUGUCAAAAUUCACGGUGGAGAGGAAGCGCUCAGGGCCGAGUUUCAGCCGGGCGUCGGCAGACCUCUAGGCCUCCUUUCACAGGUCGGUGCGCUCGCGCUGUGCUUUUUCUGCCCGGCUGCGGCGCAAUCCUUGGUUAGAAGCGCGGAUCUGGGCCAGCAAAGAGACCCGCGCCGCCCGAGAAAGGCACGAAAGUGUGUCUGCUCCGUGUACCUUCGUGGAGCUGUUGGGAAGCCGCUUGGGUAGGGCACGGGUUUGCCGGAGCUGGGAGCCAGGGCCGCCUAGUUUGGUGGCCUACGCCCGCGUUUACACUGUGUACCGCUUCGGAGAGGAGCUUUUUUUCCUCCGCUCUCCAUCCUGGCGCUUUGGGCACCUCCAGGCCCAGGCAGCUGGCUAAUCUUUAUUUUUAAAAAAAGAUCGGGAGGGCUAUUUUAGAUAACAUUUUAAAAAUAGCGUUUUUAAAGGAAAAAAAA